AUGUCCCCGCCUGCUCCGGGCCCUGUCAAGGUCUCUCGGCUCCUGGGUGAAAUCGGCCUGACCUCUCCCCACCACGUGCAUGAUAGGGCGGAGGCGACGAAGGAGUUUCGCCUCGAGGAUGUGUGCUGUUCUGCACACGGAUUGUCUGUUCUGCUUACUGCCGUAAAAGGGAAUGAGCGUCGGACGCUGCUUUUUGAUACAGGCCCUACGGAAAAGUCCUGGGAGAUGAACGCGGAACGAUUAAAACUAGAUUUGUCUUCCGUGGAAUGCAUCCAGCUUUCUCAUUGGCAUCGGGAUCACUCGGGCGGCAUGCUCAAGGCCAUCCAGAUGAUCAAGGAAGCAAAGACCAAGAAAGGAUCAUCAAGCGAUGAUCUUGUUGUAGACCUGCAUCCAUCCCGGCCAGAUUAUCGAGGUAUCCGCCUGCCCAGCGAAAUCGUGUCGUUGGAAGCCGAUCCAACCUUCGAGGAAAUAGAACAGGCCGGCGCGAAAGUAGAGAAGCACAGUGAAGCUCAUACCGUUUUGGACAACAUGUUCCUUAUCUCGGGGGAAAUCCCGCGCGAGACGGAAUAUGAGACAGGGUUGAAAUUUGGAGUUCGGUUCCACAAAGACAGCGGGAAGUGGGAGAGCGAUGAGCUGAUUAAUGACGAGCGGUUUCUCGCAUGUAAUAUCAAAGGUCUGCUAUCCUUUUCCACGGGUAUCGGUUGUGGUAGUUGUGCUUUGCCUUGGAAUCUCCUCGCGGCUGCUAACCUGACGAUAUCUGCAGGGAAAGGAAUCGUGGUAUUUAGCGGGUGUAGCCACGCUGGCAUUGUAAACGCAACAAGACAUGCCGUUGACUUGGCUGGCAAGGGCAACCCGGUAUACGCCGUUUUUGGAGGUUACCAUUUGUCGAUGAGCGAAAAGGCUCACUUGGAUGCCACUGUGCAAGAUCUCAAGUUGUUAGAUCCCAAGGUGUUAUUGCCCGGCCAUUGUUCUGGGUGGAGAGUCAAAUUUGAGAUUGAAAAAGAAAUGCCAGGCCGCUUGGUGCCAUCAUCUGUUGGCUUCAGACUGGCGUUUUAG